AAUUUGACAAAACUGAUUUUGUUCAAUUCCCUUGUGAGUAACAGCUGUGUCUGAAAUAAGCAACCGUGUUUAGUCCUGAGGAUGAAGCAAGAAGCAACCUUCUAGAAUAGUAAUGAUUCAUUUAAGACAAAGUAUUCAUCGUGUAGAACAUCAUUUGUGAGACUUGUAGGGAAGCGAAUAGCCUAGCCUUACAUAGCCAUAAGUACUUGUAGAAACUGCAUACUAUCAUAGGCCACUUUAAGAAAAAUGGCCCUGUCGGCCCAACAGAUACCCAGAUGGUUCAACUCAAUUAAACGGAGCAGCUUAAUUACUGCUGCACAACUCAGAAACCAUUUUCAGAGACCAGGACAAACAUGGUUGCAUGGACUUUCUGCUCAGCCUCAGGUGGCCUCUGACAAUUGCUUUCUCCAGUGGGGAUUUAAGACUUACAGGACUUCCUCCAAAUGGAAUAAUAGCUCCCAGUUUACCAAAUCAAGUGGGCAUUCUGCCCAGAGCACUAUGCUUCCUUCUGUGAGUGAGCAGUCACAAAAGAUGCCCACCUUUGAUUCCGAGCUGUCUCUAGAAGGCCUGGACGAUGUGCCUCCAUUGUCUCCUUUGCAGCCAGUUUCUGAGCAGGAGGCUGUUCGGAUUAUCGCAGACCCUCCUUUGCCCCCCGAUUCAUUCACACUUCGAGACUAUGUGGAUCAUUCGGAGACUCUGCAGAAGUUAGUGCUUCUAGGAGUGGACUUAUCCAAGAUAGAGAAACACCCAGAAGCUGCCAAUCUCCUUCUGAGACUGGAUUUCGAAAAAGACAUUAACCAAGUACUCCUGUUCCUUAAAGAUCUGGGGAUAGAGGAUAGCCAACUGGGAGCAUUCCUGACGAAAAAUUAUGCUAUUUUCUCGGAAGACCUUGAAAAUCUUAAGACUAGAGUGGCUUAUCUACAGUCAAAAAGUUUCAGUAAGGCAGACAUCGCACAGAUGGUCAGGAAGGCGCCAUUUUUGCUGAAUUUUUCAGUGGAAAGACUGGAUAACAGACUGGGAUUUUUUCAGAAAGAACUUGAACUUAGUGUGAAAAAGACUAGAGAUCUGGUAGUUCGUCUCCCAAGGCUGCUAACUGGAAGUCUGGAGCCCGUGAAAGAAAAUAUGAAGGUUUAUCGUCUUGAACUAGGUUUUAAACAUAACGAAAUUCAACAUAUGGUCACCAAAACCCCAAAGAUGUUAACUGCGAAUAAAAGGAAACUUACGGAGACGUUUGAUUUUGUGCACAAUGUGAUGAGCAUUCCCCACCACAUCAUUGUCAGGUUCCCGCAGGUAUUUAAUGCAAGGUUGUUUAAAGUCCAAGAAAGACAUUUAUUUCUGGCCUAUUUAGGAAGAGCACAGUAUGAUCCAGCAAAAGCUAACUACAUCUCUUUGGACAAAUUAGUAUCAGUGCCUGAUGAAAUAUUUUGUGAAGAUCUUGCCAAAGCCUCAGUACAGGACUUUGAAAAAUUCUUAAAAACUCUUUAGUUUUUGAUGAAUAUUAAAAUGUAAUCAUGUAAAAUAAAAGUAUGUAUUAAUAAAUUAAUA